AUGGAAGAUACUACAAAGGAUCUGAAGAGUGCCAGUGGCACAGUUGCGGUAUCAAAAGUUGUUGAAGAUGAGGAAAAGAAGCUUUCAAACAAGGAGUUGAAAGAGUUGAAGAAGAAGGAAAAAGCUGCGAAACGAGCAGCGCGGAAGGAAGCGAGUGGGAUUAGCAUAGAACAACAAGAGCAGAUGACCGAGAAGAAGAAACAAAAAGCAGCCGCUACUGCUGCUGCUGCAGGGACAACAGGAGCAACAGCAACGGCGUCGAAUUUGAAAAAGCAAUUGAAUCAAACGAGAAUCAAAGGUGAUAAGAAAGUUCCUCAUUUGUUUGGACACUUGGAAACUAGAGAGCAAAGGAAUGCGUCUUCGCCAACUAUAUCGCAUGUGGUCCAUCCCGCCAUUUUGUCAUUAACGCUAAAAUACUCGAGCUAUAGUAUUGUUGGGUCUGUAGCAAGACUAACCAACAUGUUACUUGUAUUUAAACAAGUUAUUCGAGAUUACGUCACGCCUCAGAAUAUGACUUUGGCAAGACACCUCACUGGACUUCUUUCUCACCAGAUUGAGUACCUCAAGUCAGGUCGACCAUUGUCCGUGUCAAUGGGCAAUGCGAUAAGAUGGCUCAAGCAGGAAAUAUCUCAUGUGUCAAUUGAUACAUCGGAGGCUAAAGCUAAGGAGAUUUUAUGUCAGAAAAUAGACGAUUUUAUAAAGGAGAAAAUAGAACUAUCGGACCGCUUGAUUGUUGAAAAUGCAUCCAAGCACGUGGUUUCAGGUUCUACGAUACUCACCUAUGGCCAUUCUCAAGUUUUAGAGGAGUUGUUUGAGUAUUGCUUCGUUGAACAAGGCAAGAAAUUUAAUUUAAUCAUUGUCGAUAGCAGGCCGCUAUUUGAAGGUAAAAAAUUGUUGAGAAACUUGAUAAAUAAAGAAUUAGGAGAAACGCUGGAUUACAAUGGCAUACCCAUAACAAAGAGCCACAUCAGUGUUCAGUAUGUGCUUCUCAACUCAUUGUCAUCAACACUACUAGAAGACGUUGACUGUGUAUUCUUGGGUGCACAUGCCAUGCUAUCCAACGGAAGGCUAUUUGCGCGAGUAGGAACAGCUUUGAUUGCCAUGAUGUGUCACAGACGCAAUAUCCCAGUGUUGACCUGUUGUGAAUCAAUCAAGUUUUCAGAUAAGGUGCAGUUAGAUUCGGUAACUAAUAAUGAGCUUGCUGAUCCUGAGGAUUUGAUAACAAACAACAAUUCAAUGCAACCGCCCGAAAAGAAAUCAUUUGCUCUUGAGCAGUUUCUCAACCAAACAGCUGGGACAGGGAAAGGAGCUUCUCAGGUUUCUGAUACAGAGGAGAAAGAUGCGCCAUUGAAAAAUUGGAAAAAUAUAUCUGGGUUAAAUGUGUUGAAUAUCAUGUAUGAUCUUACGCCUCCAGAGUAUAUCAAUAAGGUAGUCACAGAGGUUGGAUCGUUACCGCCAUCUUCAGUACCGGUUAUAUUAAGAGAGUAUAAAAGUACAUAG